UGUGAACGCUAUAUUUCACCACCCCACACACACCACCUUCAAAAUAACACACAAACAAAACCCCCCACAGACCACAUUUCCUCCUCCUCUGGUUUUCUCCAUUUUCUCAGAGCUCGAAUUCUCAGAAAAAUGCCCCCAAAUCAUUCACUUCCAGUUUCUCAGGAACAAUUAACAGAGCAGCCCGGGCUGCGCAGGCGGCUGUCGUCUCUGUCCCUGAAGCUCCAGCCCAUCUCUUCUCCUGCAACCUCAUGGGCACUAAGCCGGUCGAAAUCUGUUUCAGCCAUGGGAGAGUACGCCGGAGGAUCCAUUAGAAAAUGGUGGGUCCAGAGCUGGACAUGGAUCAUGUCUAGAAAACCCAUUUUUGCCCAGGAUCUGGAGAUGAACGAGGAAGAAACCAAAGUGCUUGGAUCCGACAACAGAGGAAGCUGGAGGCAUGUGUUCUACAAAGUCCGGUCGGAGCUCAAGAAACUCGUGGGCUCUGAUGUCGGAAGCCUGCCACAAACUUACAGGUACAAUUUUGACGAUGGGAGGACCAAAACCAAGAAAGUUUACGGCUGAGAUUUCAUGGGUAAGUGUUGGUUUUUGAAAUUAAUCAAGAAAGUUGGGUCCUUUGUGGAAUUAAUAAGAGAUUCGACGGUGCAAAAAUUCGAUAGCAGAUCAUCAAAAAGUACUACUUGCUAAUGUUAAUCUUUGUUGUUGUUCCAAACACGAAGAUCAUUUGUACCAAUGUAAUUAGACUAUGUUGUUGUUUUUUGAUGUUCUUAUCUUUGUGUCAUGUGGGAUUGUUGUUAUAGAGGGGUCGGGUUGAAAAAUUAAUGGUGGUCUGAGGGUUCUCUGCAAUUUGUGGAAAGUUGAAGGAGUGGUUGGCAAAGGCAGAAGUGGUUUGAUCCAACAAUGGAGAUUGCAGAGGUUGCUGCUUAUCAUCAUAAAAUUAGAGAGCAUUUUAUUGAUUAGUAAAUGCUAAAUAUCAUGUUAUUAUUUUAUUUAUUUUUAUUUACGAAGCAAUUAUUUUUGCGGAUUCUCUCCUAUUAUUUGUAAGUGUUAAUUUAUGUGCUAGUUAAUUUAUAGUAAAUGAAUUAUUCAUAAAUUAGCUGUUC